CUAACGACACUCAGAAACUCAGAGACUGUUCUGAUAGAGAGACCGCUAUAACAGCCUCGGAGACUGUUAGGAUCACUGAGGCUGCUUCCACAAACAUGGAAAAGAUAAUAAACUGUAAAAUGGAAGAUCUGGAGGAUUAUUACGGCUUGCUUGGGUGCGAUGAACUGUCAACGACUGAACAAAUUAUGGCAGAGUACAAAGUGAGAGCCCUGUCUUGCCACCCCGACAAACAACCAGAAAAUCCUAAAGCAGCACAAGACUUUCAAAAGUUACAACAGGCCAAAGAUAUUCUCACAGAUGAGACCAAAAGAAGAAAAUAUGACUACUGGUUGAGAAGUAGCAUCACUGUGCCAUUCAGUGAAUGGCAGGCCUUGAGUGAUUCAGUUAAAAUUUCAAUGCAUUGGGCCCUUAAAAGCAAAAAGAAGCCAAUGCUAAAAUCAGCAAAAGACACAGAUGAAUUCCAAGCUGAUCAGUCAGAAACACAAGUGGCAAAAGAAGGGAUAACAUCUAAUGAACUUUCUUCAGGUGGUUAUUGGCUUCACAAAUUUCGACGUACAGGUGAUACUCCUUCAGGCCUCUUGGAAAGGUUUAGAAAUUAUCAAAUAUAAAGAAAUACAGGCUAUAAACUCAAUAUUUAUCGUGCUAUUGGUAAAUCAAUUUAAAAUAAUUUUGUGAAUAGUUUCAUAGUGUGAAAUAAAGCAUGGCUAUUGAUUUUAGUCAGUCAAUAGAGAGAACAUCUUGACUAUUUUCAUAAUCGACAUUACAGAACACUGCAAGAUAUUAAGUCAGUAUUAUUGAAAAUGCACAAGUUUGUUGUUUAGGGUAAUAUUGUGGAGUGCUAAUUCACAUUGCUUUUUUAUUGUGGAAUAAAACAUGGCUAUUGUCAUCA